CUGGCGAUGUCCCUAUGGUGAUAGACCUGAUGGCUCCUGUCCUUCAAUCGCUAGCGGAACCCAUUGCCGAUUUGCGCUCGAUGGAAGUGCAUUGGCCAAAGGAGUCUUCGACGCCUCUCGAGCUCUCCGCAAAGCCAACCACGUCUUCUUCUACACUCACGGAUAUAAUCGCGACGCCGGCCGGCAUAACUGAAUCGACUCCUACAAUGGUCACCAAUCCACCUUCUAUAGUGGCGCUGUUGCCUGUCACCCUUGAGCGUGAGACUCCGGUCAAAACGCAGAGGGAGAUGGUUGUGCUGGAUUCGGAUUCUCCGCUAACUUCGGUUACUCCAUCCGUGGGGGGUUCUUUGAAGGAAGGCCUGCCCAACCCCGAACAGCAGCAAGCCCCGAACCUUGCUCCUGUUCUUAUGGCGGCUGUGUCACGCGAACCGGUGGCCAGUACAAGUACGAGGCCGGCAGCCAUCAGAAUGCUCCCUCCCUUUCCCGCAGGCCGCGAGUGGGACUGGAGGAACCUUCAGAGUGCUAUUGCCGCCGUUCCCACGCUGUCCAGCCCCCGUACGCCAGAGGAAAAGAAGGCCUGGUCUAAUGGUAUUCUGGCAGCCCGGAAAUGGCACAACGAGCGAGCAAGGAAUGGGGGCGGGAACUCCCAGUAUGGCAAGGCCGCCUACCGCUCUAAUGAGCCUUUCCUCCCCGUCAAGUCGUUGCCGAAUAUGUUACAAGGCAUAUGCUCAAGUGCUUUAUCCGCAGGGGAAAGUACGCGAUGGAUCCAACGUGUUGGGUUGCCUCUACCCAUCUAUUGGAUAGCAUGCGCAAAGCGGGAUGAAAUGAUUGCGAACGUCCGUGCUUCGGAUUCCGCACUGAGCAUAUAUAAGAGCCUCAGACUCUCGCUCCUCAACCUCGCGAACGAGAGGUGGGGUGAGAACGCGAAGGUUUCGCGAGGAAAAGGCAAAGGGGUGAUCGACCAGUAUGAAUGGGUGUACACUUGUGCCCCCCUGGGGGAGCAGGCAACUGUGUACCCUCGUUUCCGAUAUUGGCUCCCUUCGAGUGAAGAGGCCAUCUACUGGCCAGAACAGGACGACCGGAGAGACGCUUGGAAGUCAUUCAAGGACCGGCUUAAGACUGCACACGCCGAAGCAUUCUACGCCUGUCUUUUGAUGGAAGAUUGUUUGAACGAGUUCAACGGUGGGCUGCGCCGUGAUACCCCUCCUCCCUCGGACGACGAGGCGGCCAGCAGGUUUAAGGCCACGGCGUCAAUGAUGGAUGACUCGGACGGUGAGUGUGUGUAUUAG